AUGUCAUUUCAUAUUAACUACCAAAAUACUGUAAAUAUAAUAAAAAUCCCAUUUCCACCAUCUAUCAGGGAGGAUGAGAUCGUACAAUUACAUUUAAAAAAUGGAAUUAAGAGCGUUAAUCAAACUAUGAACGCAUUUAUGAUUUAUCGAAAAGAAUUUAAUCGUAUAGUUACAAAUUAUAAUCUUCAAAUUAAAAAUAUAUCUAAAUAUGCUAGCAUUUCAUGGAAACGAGAACCACAAUAUGUAAAAAAAUAUUACAAACAGUUAGCUAAAAAGGUUAAAGAACUUUUUAAAGAAAAGGUUUCUUCUCUUUGUUUCAUCCACAGUAAGCAAGUACCUAGUACAAAUGACAACAAUGUCUCUUUAGACACCUUUAAUUCUCAAUUUCCCAAUACGAAUCAAAACUUCCCUUCACCUCCUGACGAUCAAAACUUCCCAUAUGCUACCUACUCUAAUUAUCCACUUCUUAAUAUGAACAUUCUUGUAUCUGAUAAUUUUGAAAAUUCUAUUCAAGCAUAUAUGAAUAUGGAUGACGAAAAACUCAUGAAUUAUCUUUCCGAAGAUUUGGCUUUAACUUAUAGAGCAAUCAUUCAAUCAUUACCAUUUUAA